AUGGCGGCGGCUGUCAACUUCAUCUUUGUCUUUCUGCUAGUCACCGGACUGCACAUGUAUCAUUUCACUAGGACAAAGACGUGGUUCUUUUAUUCCUUUGUCAUCGAUGGUUUCAAGGGCAGUGUCUGCCAGCGAAAGCUCCAACUAGACUCAAGCAUUUGCAUGACCCUCGGACGUAUCAUCAUAAUUACCGACAGCGAGCGGCACUCACCUAUCAAAAGGGCCUGGCUUACAAAAGCCUUUGUCCUCAGCGAUGUUGCCUCCUUUAUGCUCCAAGGUGCAGGUGGUGGCAUGAUGGCAGGUGGUUCCCUCGAUGCUCUACACAAGAGCGAAUGCAUCGUCACUACAUGUCUCAUUGUUCAAAUCGUCUUCUUUUCAUGGCUUGCUGUAACUGCAGAUGUUUCACAUAAAACUUGUAGAUUCUACGCCCGUAAAAGCUACUGUGUCAGGGAUUCCUCGGCAGAGGUACCUCUACACACUGUCCAUCGCCUCAGGUUCUCAUACUUGUACGGUUCGUCUUUCGCCUGA